CAGCAGCGCGAUAGCUGCCGCGCGCCGGACGCGUUCCCGCUCCACGCGCACACCGCCACAGUACGAAGAUGGCGUCGGAGGGAGCCAGCGGAGAGCAGCCUCCUCCGGUCCAGACUCUGGCCACCGCCGUGCUGGGGAGCGUCGACACGAAAUGUGAGUUCAACAUGGACAACCUGAGCAAGCCGGAGCUGCUCACCCUGCUGAGCAUCAUGGAGGGAGAGCUGGAGGCCCGCGACCUGGUCAUCGAGGCCCUGAGGGCCCAGAGGAAGGAGGUGUUCCUGCAGGAGCGGUACGGUCACUACAGCCUGACCGACCCCUUCCUGGCCCUCCAGAGGGACUUUGAGUGCGGGGCCCCUGGAGGAGACAAGGAGCGCCGGCCCCUCGGCUCCAGCCCCAUCUCCGUCCUGGAGGCCGUCAUGGCCCACUGCAGGAAGAUGCAGGAGCGCAUGUCGGCCCAGCUGGCCGCCGCAGAGAGCCGCCAGAAGAGGCUGGAGAUGGAGAAGCUGCAGCUCCAGAGUCUGGAGCAGGAGCACCGCAAGCUGUCGGCGCAGCUGAAGGACGAGCGCGAGAAGAACAAGCACAUCGUCAUGAUGCUGGUGCGCGAGUGCAAGCAGCUCGCCACGCGGGUGGUGGAGGAGUCGCAGCGCUUCGACGAGCUGCAGGCCCGCCUGGACGAGGAGGGGCGUGCCUCCUCCCGGCUGCGGGAGGAGCUGGGCGCCGAGCGGCAGCGCGGCCAGCAGAUGGAGGCCACCAUGGAGAAGCAGCUGUCGGAGCUGGACACGGAGCGGGAGCAGCUGCGCGCCCGGCUGGGCCGCGAGGAGGUCGAGAGCCACAGCCUGCGGCAGCAGGUGGAGCAGCUCAGGACUGAGCGGCGCGACGGGGAGGACGCCGCCGCCGCCGCCGCCCCUCCCGCCAGCCCGCUGCCCAGACCCAAGGCUGUGACGUCUGUUUCCGUGGCCACGGAGCCCGUUGGCUGCCGAACGGCGUCCAGCCAAACGGACCCCCUCCUCCCCCCCGCCGCCGUCGCUGCUGCCGAGGCGGAGGGUCCCAAGAAAAACCCCCUCGCCGUCCCCGUCAAACCGACGCCCGCCAACUACGUGGGCCUCAGCCUGCCGAAGACCGGCGGCCGGGGGGUCGUACACAGCGGCUCGGGGGGGCUGCCGCAGGCGGAGAACGGCGGCGAGGGCCAAGCCGCGCACGGGCUGCCCAGCGGGGUCAGCCCCCGCGUGCAGGCGGCCCGCUACAAGUUCCAGGAACAGGACCAAAACGGCACGGCGUCCCAGAGCCCGCCGGCCCGUGACCUCUCGCCGACGCCCGCCACCCGGGACAACUUCGCCGCCAAGCAGCAGGCGCGCCACACUGUCACGCAGGUCCUCUCGCGCUUCACCAGCCCGCCGGCGGGGGGCGGGGCGCUGCGCCCGGGCCUGCCCCACUCCGCCUCGGAGGGCGGGCCCUUCCCCGGCCGCCUCGGCCAUCCCAUCGGCAUCAAGUCGCCCACGGUGGCCAGGAUCGACCGGGGGAACCCGCCCCCCAUCCCUCCCAAAAAGCCGGGGCUCUCCCAGACCCCGUCUCCUCCCCAUCCGCCCAUCAAGGGGUUGGGGGACAGCGGGCGCUCCCCGGGGGGCGGGCUCAAACCGGCCACGCCGCAGCUGCCGCCCAAACCCGCCCUGGACCUGGUCCCAGCCCUGACGGCCUCUCAGGUGGGUGCCUGCCCCCGUUCCCGCUCAGGCCGGGGCCCUCAUGCGGCGGCAUGCGCAGAGUGUCCCCCCGUCAUCCGCCCCGCCGCCAUUGUCAGUAGCCCCUCCUCCAUAAACCCCCCCUCCACCUCCUCAUCCAUUAGCGCUGCAUCCUCCCGUAGCCCCAGAGCCUCAGCGGGCAGCCCCCUGGCAACAGCAUCAGGCUGGUGUCCCUCCGUAGUCUCCUCUCUAAGCGGCGGAGGGCCUGCUGCCCUGGACGGCGGGCGCUCCCUGCUCCCCCAAGCUGCUUCCCAGGGAAAUGUCACUUUAUUGUCAAUGCUGCUUAACCAACCAGACCCGACCACCAUCACCACCGACACCUCCACCACCUCCACCGACUCCACCACCCCCACCACCACCACGGAGAACCUGCCCACUCUCAUCGACCAAGACCCCCACCUCGACCACCACCAAACCUCCGCCUUGUUGGCUGCUGCUCAGAAUGGACACGCAGAGUGCGUGAAGCUGCUGCUGUCGUCAGGAUCGCCCGCUGACGUCUCGGACGGGAACGGAUUCACACCUUUACACCUCGCCGCCGCCCACGGCCAAAGCAGCUGUGUGGAGGUGCUGCUGUCUGCAGGAGCUGCUGUGGACCGUGCGGCGGCGGGGGGGCAGACCCCCCUCUCCCUGGCCUGUGAGGCGGGGCGGCCGGACUGCGUCCGCGUUCUGCUGAGUGCCGGAGCGGAUCGCUCGCUCGCCACCACGGACGGCUGCACGGCUCUGCACGCCGCCGUGCGCUCCGGACACGUGGACACGCUGCGUCUCCUCCUGUGCCACCCGGCCAAGGCCGACCCCGACGUGACCCCCGACCCUGACGUGACCCCCAACCCCGACUCCGCGCUGGCGCUGCCCGUCGCCCUGCUGAACCGGGCCAACCGCGACGGCUGGACGGCCGCUCACACGGCUGCUGCCCUGGGCCUCAAGGAGUGUCUGGAGGAGCUGUGCAUCCACAGUGAACAGGACAUCGAGAGGAGAGAUAAGUGUAAUCGCACUAUUCAUGACGUGGCCACCGAUGACUGCAAAGAUCUCCUUGAAAACCUCGACUCGUACCGUGUCCUGGUGCGUCUCCAGUGCUCCGGUGGAGGAGCCGCGGGCUCCAUGUGUCCCGGGGAGGCCCCGGAGGAGGAGGAGGCCCGCUCGGUGCUGGGCCGGGUCUCCGUGGACCGCUCCACCCGCUGGUGUCAGCUGGGCUCCGCCCUCGGCCACGCCUUCACCUCCUACCUCCACGCCGUCUGUGGGGGAUCUCAGGCGGCCCGGGAGGAGGCGCAGCGGGCUCCGCUGGGCCUCAGCGCCGCCAGCAUCGCCUCCAUACUCGUAGGAGACACCGAGUGGUCCCCCGGUCAGGAGCUGCCUUCGUCCCCCUGGGACCUGGUCCGAAGGCCCCUCGGCCAGAGCAUCACCGUCCGCCUCAAAGGUCUGUCUGAGUCGUGUCUCGAUGAGUUGGCUCUUGAACACCUCCUCCCGCUGCCGCUGCUGCACAACUACGUCCGCCUGGUGGAACAGUACGGGAACCUGAUCUUUCACGGGCUCGAGGGCAGCUGUCAGGGACCCGUCGCCAGCCUGGUGGCUCGCUGCAUCAAGGCCAAGCAGGAGAUGGGGGGGCUCGCCUGUGACGUGGUGCGGGUGGAGGUGGAGGAGAGCCUGACCAGAGAGCAGCUGCUGGAGGCUUUCAUCACAUGUGGUUUCCUGGUGCCGGCGGGGGCCACUGGUCCCUGUGUGGUGGUGCUGCUGGAGGGGCUGGAGAAGGCCUCGUCCCUAACGGGCCUGCUGGGAGACCUCUGCCACGGUCUGGACGACCGGAGCUCCGCCUCCCCGCUGGUCCUCAGCACCGGUCCCCACCGCUUCGGUGAAGGCAGCUUCCUGAUUGCGACGCUGUCCAAGCCCCGCCUGCAGGGAUCGGAGCUCCGCCUCCAGCAGCAUUUCCGCUGGGUGACGCUGCGCUGGGAUCAGGAGCCGCUGCACGGCCUUCUGGGAAGGCACCUGCGCAGGAAGCUGCUUCACAAGAUGGGGACCGGAGUCUGGUCACCGGAGGGCGCCACAGAGCGCUGCGCCUCGUGGGUGAGCCUCGUCUGGCAGCAGCUCAACGCCUGUCUGUCCCGCCUGGGGACCCACGAGGCGCUGCUGGGCCCCCAGCUCUUCCUGUCCUGCCCCGUCGCCCCCGACAACGCCCAUGCGGUCGUGAGGUGGCUCGCUCGGCUGUGGAACGCCGCGGUCGUCCCCCGCGUGGAGGCAGCCGUCAUCUCGCGGGUGACGUCCAGGCGCUGCCCCGCCCCCCCCUCCUCCUCUGCCCUGUCGCGUCGAUCGUCUCCUAGCAACCGCGGCCUGAGUGCCGGACAGCAGGCCGUGGUGAAGGCCGCCCUCAGCAUCCUGGUCAACAAGGCCGUCCUGCAGGGCUGUCCUCUGCCUCGCCGCGAGAUUGACAGGUACCUGCUGGAGUUUCGGGGCGGGACCUUCCCCCUGUCGGCCAUCGGCUGCUACAAAGGAAGCGGGGGAGGCAGGAAGGGGCGGGACGGCGGCAGGUUGAGGCGGUCCAACACCAGUCCUCGCAAGAAGGGGGGCGGCGCCUUGAGCUGGAGCUCCGGGGGCUCCUUCAGAGAAGGUUCUCUGUCCACCACUGACGUCAGCUUCAUCGCCAUCGGCGACGGCCCCCACAGGGAGGCGGCGGGUCUGACGGCGUUCUCUGAUGACGAGACGGAUUUAAUCCGAGAGCUGAUGACGCUUUGCUCCAGCAGGUCGGAGCCGGACAUCAGCCAGGUAACGACUGCUCAGAUCUCUCGGGCCAAAGACGACUUGAUCCUGUUCUCCGGCGAGGCGCCCCCCCCCCGCGGCCGGGCGGGACCCCCCCUGCCGGCAGCGGCCGCAGACGACGUCCGACCGGCGCGUCAAGUCGCAUCUCCCCGUCCCGAGCAGCAGGGGGCAGCAGCCUGGAGCCUCCACCCGCAGCAGCAGGAACACCACCAACGGCAGGACCCAAAGCAGCCAAUCACACGAGGACAUCUGGAUCCUCCACAGAGACCUGCAGCAGCGCAGCAAGCAGACCCCCCCUCCCCCCUGACCCCCCCCCCCCCCCCCCCCUCACAUAACGUACCCGACGACCUUUGACUUUUGGUAUCUGUACUCGUUAUCCGUACUCGUUACACUGUACUACAGUUGUGUACUUGGGGACCAUAGUUUUCUUCUCUCACAGUAUUUGAAGUAUUUGGUGAGACUUUUAAACGGUUACUUUACUGUUGCCUUAUUCCAGUGUAACAACCUGCUCGUUGUGUGUAGAGGAGACAAAGUAUUUAGCUGGAGGAAGCCGGUACUCGUGUGUACUCGUGUGUACUCGGAGUGAAGUACUGUGGUAGAAGGUCAUCGAAGAGCAACUGGAGACGUCACCUUUUUUUUUUUAGUGAAAAGUGUUUUUGGAUCAAAGAAAGAAACGAGCAGGUUUUUAAUUAUUUUGAGAUAUUCAAGUGUUUAAUCUUUAAAUAGCUACAAGGUUGGUUUAAAUGCCGAUGAAUUGAAUCAGGGUUUUACCAAAUAUAUUUGUAAAUAAGAACUCGUAGGUUUAAAUCUCUAUGGAUUGGUGUACGUGGUGUGACGCUUGUACAGUGACGAACGACGUGUACAAAGUGUUGGUUCUGAAGCGUCACUUGUUUCAGAGUGACGGGCCGAGGCAAUAAGUGAAGAGUCCGAUCAGCUGUAAGCCAUAAGAACCCCCCCCCCCCCCCCCCCCCCCCCCGCACCGUGUUUGAUUUGCUUCCCAUCCACACUGUGCUCUCUUAUCUUUGAGGACGGAUAAUGUUUAUAUAUAAAUACAUCUAUACAUAUGUACAGGAGAGAUUUUAGUCCACCUAUGAUUUUUAAUCGCUGUUUGAAGUUUAAAGAAACGUCUUUUCAAGCACAACAUUAAAAUGUCACUGUUGAAAAUCCCCA